AAGUUACAAUUGGUCAUCCGUCCAUGGGCGGAACUGAGGACUUCUAUGCCUCAAACCUGAACCACAACUUGCCUUUCCCUAUUCUCUUCUUGGUGGAUUGAUCUAUCCCACCAGGAAUAUUGCAGGGGCCUUCCAAAAUGGAGCCGCUUCUCUCUGCAAUCGUGGGUGAUCUUGUCAGCAGAGCCCUGUCCAUGGUAACCCAGAGAUACCUGCAGUCCAAGGGAGCAGAGGAGGAGAAGCUCCAGAGGCUACGGGCAGUGCUGCUAAGGAUCGAUGCCACCGUCGAGGAGGCUGAGGGGAGGCACAUCACCAACCAGGCGAUGCUCCAGCAGCUCCAGAUGUUGAGACGAGGUAUGUACAGAGGCUACUACACGCUCGACACCUUCAGAUACCGAGCGCACAGGGACAAGGCCGAUGGCGAGGCGAGCACUCGCCGUUCAUUUGCCCUGUCCAGAUUCAGCCCUUCCAGUUCCAGACGUACCUUCUUCUCCGUGUGCGAUGCCCCGAGCAGGGACCUGGUGCUUGAUGCCGGGAGCUGCAGCAAUCUCGACAAGAUGCUUAGCAGCCUUGAGAGAAUGAUUGGUGACAUGCAGGAGUUCGUGAUGUUCUUGGCCAGCUAUCCUCGAAUCUCCCGGCAACCUUACAGCGCGUAUUUGUCUCAUGAUCAGGUUAUGUUUGGCCUGCAGAUGGAGAAGGAGACAAUUUUGAGCUUUCUGAUUUGUAGGGAGGCUGCAAGGAAUGGAAGUCUGGGUGUGCUGCCGAUAAUUGGUCCAGCGAGAGUCAGAAAGAGUACACUUGUUGAGCAUGUCUGCCACGACGAGAGGGUGCGCAGGCGCUUCUCAUUGAUCGUCUUCUUCAGCGGGAAUGAUCUCAAUGGUGGAAACUUGGCUACUCUAAAAGGUAGCGGUGUGAUCAAGCAUCAGAACCUUGCUUCCAGCCCGCGUGGAGACUCACUGGCUGUGAUUGAGCUAGCAGGGGACAUGGACGAGGAAACAUGGAGGGGGUUGUACACCUCGGCAGCAAGCCACAUGACGCCAGGCAGUAAAAUCAUACUCACCAGCCGUUCAGAGAAGAUAGCAUCAUUAGGAACGGCAGAGUCUGUUAUGCUGAAAUUUUUGUCCCAAGAAGCUUACUGGUAUUUCUUCAAGACGGUUGCAUUCGGAAGCACAAACCCUGGUGAGCAUCCUAAUCUGGCAGCCCUCGGCAUGGAGAUCGCCGUCCACAUGAACAGAUCAUUCGUGGCAGCGAACAUCGUUGCCAGCUUACUGAGAACCAAUCUUGACACACGAUUUUGGCGCAGAGUGCUGAGAUGCUUGAGAGAUUUCGCAAGCAAGCAUCUCAGCAUGUUUGGAGAGCACCCGACCAAUCUCCUACAAAAGGACCAGCCUGUGUACAUGUGGACAAUGGCCAAGACAACCAAUGUCUUCGUGAUGCGAGAUAUUUAUGACGAGCCCUCUCCCCAGAUCAGUGAGGUUCCCAGGAUAACGGCACAGGAUGUUUUGUCCGGGCGAGUUACAUCUGAAGGGGCAUUCCAAGCAGUGGCAUGGAGGUCCAGGAUACCUCCCUGCUACACCUACUUGGUGAGCUUCGUCGUGUCACGGACAGACAAGCAAGCGGUGCUUGGUAAGAAACGGUCUAGGCAGGACAGGAUUUGAUGUAAAAUGCAAUAAUGUAUAGCUAAUGUGAUUGCAAAGUGCACGUCUUACCUUUUUUUUCAUCAA